AGACUCUAUAUUGAUAACAAUCAUGGCAUUCUUUUCUUUCCUAACUCCAGUCUUCGUGGCCAUUAUAUGUGUUUUGAUUGGCGUAAUACUGAAGAAGAUUAAGCAUGAGACUAAAAGCAAGCCUCUAUCUCGUCCAUGGGUGGAUGAAGAUUUAAAAGAUGGCACUGACAACCAAUUAGAGGAAGAAGAGGUUGAUGAAGAGUGGCAGGGACUUGAUGAAAAUGUUGCCCACAUCCCGUUCUCUGCAGAACGCUACUCUGAGGCUGAAAUGAUUAAAAGGUCACAGAUGUUUUAUGAACUUCUUAACAAGAGGCGGUCUGUCAGGUUUCUUAGUGAUGAGCCGGUCCCCAGAGAGGUCAUCGAUAACAUCAUCAGGACAGCAGGUACUUCACCCAGUGGAGCACACACUGAGCCCUGGACCUUUGUGAUAGUACAAGAUUCAUAUUUAAAGCAUAAGAUUCGUGAGAUUGUAGAGGAAGAAGAAGAAAUCAACUACAAAAGAAGGAUGGGAGACACAUGGGUUAAUGACCUGAAAAGACUGAGAACAAACUGGAUCAAAGAAUACUUGGACACUGCUCCAUAUCUGAUCCUGAUUUUCAAGCAGGUAUAUGGGCGGCAUCCAAACGGCAAAAAGAAGACCCACUACUACAAUGAAAUUAGUGUUUCUAUUGCCUGUGGUGUUCUGCUUGCUGCACUGCAGAACGCAGGACUAUGCACGGUGACCACUACACCCCUCAACUGUGGGCCCCAACUCCGGACACUGCUAAAGCGCCCAGCAAAUGAGAAGCUACUCAUGCUGCUCCCUGUUGGCUAUCCCAAGAAAGAUGCUACUGUGCCAGCUCUGACCAGAAAGCCACUGGAAGACAUCAUGGUGGUCAUGUGAGACCAGUGCCACAAAGAAGAAACAGGUCUCUUCUGCUAGCAGAAACUGUUGUUUCCAUGUGUCCUCCUCCUACAUUACAGCUGCUCUGUUUACAUCUGAAUUUCUUGUAGUGAUAGUAAUCUACUAAUAGGAGUAAACAGUCAGAUACUGUGCCUUUGACAGGUGCUGUUACCAGUGAGUCCAGGCUGUUGUUCUACGCAGAAUGGCAUUUAAAUGACUUCAUGAUGAUUGAUCAUGGGGUUUUUUUUUAAUGCAUUGCAGGGACAAAUCUUUUCUUGAACUGGAAUGUAUUCUCUCCUUACAAAUUUUAAUGGAAGUUGUUGUUGUGGAGGCAGAGAAUCAAUGUGGUCAAGGAUUAUAAAAAUAUAAUUAUUUUAUUUUCCUGAAACCCCAUCUCCAAAACUAUAUGCAAAAUUAGUUUAGUUUAUUAACAGAUUCAGUUUUAGUGGGAAUAUCUUCCAAAACAGGAUAUUAUACAUAAAUUUAGAUAUUUAGGAAGUCAGGAAAUGGAAAAGGCUAAGCUAUAAACACAGCUUUACCCCACUAUCAAUCAGGCUGGGCAGAAGAUUAAGGGAACAGCUUACUCACAGAGGUGACAUAGGCAUUCAGCAGUGAAUGGUUGCAGUUGGAAGCAACCUUCAGAAGUCACCUCGUCCAACCCUGUUCCUAAUGCAGGUUCACCUAGAUCAGGUUGCACAGGAACAAACCAGGUGGGUUUCUAAAGUUUGCAGAGAAGGAUCCCACAACCUCUCCAGGCAGCUUGUUCCAGUUGCUCUGUCACUGUCAAAGUAGUUUUUCCUUAAAUUAAAUUGCAGUUUGUACCCGUAGUCCCGGCAAGAGGGGCUUUCAUAUCACACCAAGUGAGGCAUACUUAGGAUAAUAUUAAGGCUACUUCCCACGAAAGCAAUGCUCCCUACUAAAAGUCUUGUCUACAGGCAACAUGGGAAUGGGCGCCAACGGGAGUUGCCCUUUGGAAGACAGUGCUGCCGAUUCCCGUGUUGGCACUGCCCCCUCGUGGGGUUGUGUUUCCUGCCAGCUUUGCAAGCAGCAAAAGAUAAAAACACCGAAAGACAGUAUUCUGUCCUUCCCUGAAGAUAUCUUUUGUGAAACACUUUCUGUUCUUUGUUGCAUGUAACAUCAGCCAAAUUCAGACAAACUGCUUAGGCUAAUUUGCUGCACCUUGUCAUAUUUAAUAUGGCCUGCUGUAAGAUGAGCAAGUGGAAGGGACAAUAUUUUGCAGAGGUGCAGCUUUUUGUGUUAUUAUUGCCUCUGUCACCCACUGUGCUUCACAUCAUCUGUGGUAUGUCAAUGUCAGAAAGUUUCGUAUUCACACCCAGCCUACAGCAAAGUAAAAAAAAAAAAUCAUGUAGACACAUGUUUGCAAGGUUUGAAAGCUCAACUGAAGAGAGGGGGGGAGCUAAACUGA